UUAAUUUAGCAAUCUUUCACGAGCUAUUUUUUUUCGAACCCUGAAGUAUUAUUACAGUCCCGAUAUAUUAUUUAUGUUCCUAAUAGCCACCCUAUAUCAUGAUUAUUUUUAGCAUACAUGUAUUUAUGCAGACUAAUAAAAUCCUCCCAUAUCUCAUCCUCAAUCCACUACUCAUCAAUGGUGCUACACUACUCACCAAUUCAUUACUUCCACCACCAACGUUAACAUCACUACCCACUCACACUUUCCACUCUCCCCACUCACACUUCACACCAUACUUUGCCCCCCACCAAAAUAAACUUUAGCCAUAAUACUCAUUCCCUUCCACUCACCAUUUCUCCUACAUACCAAGGAACAAGUGCAGAGAACUCCAUUCACAGAAGCUUAGUAAACAACAACAAAUACAACAACAAACACCAGCCGAAACCUCAUCAAAAGGCUUUGUGGAUCGUGAGGACUAGCACUGCUAUACCAAUUCAGAGUUAAGAAUAAACGACAGGCUUUGCCUAUUCAGAAUGGAAGGUGCACCAAGAGGACGUGGUAGAGGGCGCGGACGUGGCCGUGGGCGCGGUAGGGGAUUUGUACCCGAAGAGCCUAUUCCACAAGUAGCACCAAAUCGCACAGCCGAGGAAAAGUUUCGCAAGGAAAAACCCCCAACGUUUGAUGGAUUGGGCGAACCUGCGGAUGCCGAGAAAUGGGUUAGGGCAAUAGAACGGAUCUUCAACUACAUCCGUUGUGACGAUGAGGAUAAAGUGGCAUGCGCAACUUAUCAGUUGGUGGACGAAGCUGACUUUUGGUGGGAGUCAGUGAGGCGGACUAUGACUGACGAACAGUGGGAGAAUUUCACAUGGGAAGAAUUCAAGGCUGAAUUGUAUGAGAAGUAUAUACCAGGAUGUUACCGACAAAAGAAACAGAACGAGUUUUGGAAUUUGAGACAGAAAACGGGAACUGUGACCGAGUAUGAUAGAGCCUUCAAUCAGCUAUCAAGAUAUGCUCCGACGUUGGUGGACAGCGAUGAGAAACGCGCAGAGAAGUUCAGAAACGGACUGCGUCACGAGAUAGCGAUUUCCCUAGCAAGUCAAGGGGGUCUCACCUACGCGCAGACAUUGAGCAGAGCCCUCACUAUUGAGUCAUUGUUGCCAAGGGAGAAAGGAAAAUCCCCCGAACAGUUUGGAUUUGUACCAUCUCAAGAUGGUAGUAAGGGAAAGAGAAAAUGGAAUGAAGGGACUGGUGGAAACAUUGGAAAUGGGAAGAAACCAUGGACGGCAAAUCAAAAUCAGAAUCAACAUCAGAACCCACAACCUCAAGCAAUAGUUCAAACUCCUUGCCCAAAAUGUCAAAAACUCCAUCCGGGAGAAUGUCUGAAAGGAAUGAACGUCUGCUAUAACUGCGGAGAGGCCGGGCAUUAUGUCUCGACAUGCCCAAAGAAGGGAGGAGGAGCACCCCAACAACAAAAUCCUGGAAACCAACAACGACAAAACCAAGGUCCUAGAGGAAAUCAGAACCAACCACGAUACGCUAGGGCCUAUGCCCUUAACCAACACCGAGCAGCAGGAGAUCACGGGAACCUGGCAGGUACGAUUAAUAUUUUCGACAUGUCGAUUAUAGCUCUAUUCAAUAUUGGAGUAUCCUAUUCUUCCAUUUCAUAUGUUGCUUGUAAGAAAUUAGAAUUUACGCUAUAA